ACUGGAGCAGGAUGAAUGCUCCUUUCCAAGAUGGCGGCGGAGGGAGGAGGGAAGGAGAUGAACGAGAUUAAGACCCAGUUCACUACCCGGGAGGGGCUGUACAAGCUGCUGAGCCACUCGGAGUACAGCCGGCCUAACCGGGUGCCCUUCAACUCGCAGGGAUCCAACCCGGUCCGCGUUUCCUUCGUUAACGUCAACGACCAGAGCGGCAACGGGGACCGGCUCUGCUUCAAUGUGGGCCGGGAGCUCUACUUUUACAUCUACAAGGGGGUCCGCAAGGCUGCGGACUUGAGUAAACCAAUAGACAAAAGGAUAUACAAAGGAACACAACCUACAUGCCAUGACUUCAAUCACUUAACAGCCACAGCAGAAAGUGUCUCUCUUCUAGUGGGCUUCUCUGCAGGCCAGGUCCAACUUAUAGACCCGAUUAAAAAAGAAACUAGCAAAUUAUUUAAUGAGGAAAGACUAAUAGACAAGUCCAGAGUAACCUGUGUAAAAUGGGUACCAGGUUCGGAAAGCCUUUUCCUAGUAGCUCAUUCCAGUGGCAAUAUGUACUUGUAUAACGUGGAGCACACUUGUGGUACCACAGCCCCGCACUACCAGCUACUUAAACAAGGAGAAAGUUUUGCAGUUCACACUUGCAAGAGUAAAUCCACAAGAAACCCUCUGCUUAAAUGGACAGUAGGUGAGGGUGCCCUGAAUGAAUUUGCCUUUUCCCCAGAUGGGAAGUUCUUGGCAUGUGUGAGCCAGGAUGGUUUUCUUCGUGUGUUUAACUUUGAUUCGGUGGAAUUGCAUGGUACAAUGAAAAGCUACUUUGGAGGACUGCUCUGUGUGUGUUGGAGUCCCGAUGGGAAAUACAUAGUGACAGGUGGAGAGGAUGACUUGGUAACGGUUUGGUCUUUCGUGGACUGUCGAGUAAUAGCGAGAGGCCACGGACAUAAAUCGUGGGUCAGUGUUGUUGCGUUUGAUCCAUAUACCACUAGCGUAGAAGAGAGUGACCCGAUGGAAUUUAGCGGAAGUGAUGAGGAUUUCCAAGACCUUCAUUUUGGCAGAGAUCGAGCAAAUAGUACGCAAUCUAGGCUAUCCAAAAGGAACUCUACAGACAGUCGUCCAGUAAGCGUUACGUAUAGAUUUGGUUCAGUAGGCCAGGACACACAGCUCUGUUUGUGGGAUCUUACGGAAGAUAUCCUUUUCCCCCACCAACCUCUCUCAAGAGCAAGGACACAUACAAAUGUCAUGAAUGCCACAAGUCCACCUGCUGGAAGUGGUGGAACUAACCCAGGAAGUAAUGGAAACAGUAUCACAACACCUGGAAACUCUGUACCCCCUCCUCUUCCACGGUCAAACAGCCUUCCACACUCCGCAGUCUCAAAUGCUGGCAGUAAAAGCAGUGUCAUGGAUGGUGCCAUUGCUUCUGGUGUUAGUAAAUUUGCAACCUUAUCGCUACACGAUCGAAAGGAAAGACACCAUGAAAAAGAUCACAAGAGAAAUCAUAGCAUGGGACAUAUAUCUAGCAAGAGCAGUGACAAACUGAACCUAGUUACUAAAACCAAAACGGACCCAGCUAAAACUUUGGGAACACCUCUCUGUCCCCGAAUGGAAGAUGUUCCCUUGUUAGAGCCUCUUAUCUGUAAAAAGAUAGCACAUGAAAGACUGACUGUGUUAAUUUUUCUUGAAGACUGUAUAGUCACUGCUUGUCAGGAGGGAUUUAUUUGCACAUGGGCAAGGCCUGGUAAAGUGAGAUAAAGUAUGCAGUACCAAAAAUCAGGAUUUAUGUAUUGGCCAAUAUGGAAAACUUUAAUUACAGGUAAGUAAUUUUCAUGCUAAAGUUAUCACUUUCAAAUUAAUAUAUUGCACACUGAUGUAAAUGCCAUAUUGUUUAGGAAGUAUUUACUUAGACAUUUUCAAAUGAUUUUGUUUUUCUGUUUCACUUGCAUUUCUAGUGAGCUCACUCUACUGGUAAAACCUGAAUUUUGAUGGCAUGUUUACAGGGCUUUGGUAGGAAAGUAUUUGUGCCAGAAGGACGUUACGAGCAUCUUUUUGUUUAUAGGAAAGCACUUACUAAUUUUAUUUAAUGAAAAUUGUCAAAACACUCAUGGUAAUGUCUUUCUUACUGGGUUAUAUACCAUGCAUUUCUGUUUUGCCAGCUGUUCUAUCCUAGGCUAUCCUGUUACUCUGGGGUUUAAAGCUGCUAUUUCUAGUCUUCCUUUUGAAAUAUGGGUCCCCAAGUGAUCUUAAAACUCCGUCACUUUUUUUUCCCUCUGCCAACUCUAGAGUGAAAGCCUCUGAAUCUUGCUGCUUCUUCCAUCAUUGCCUCAAAAGGCCUUCAUUAAAUUCAUGCCACUGCCAGCCUAAGGAAAGAAUUGGAUGGAAAACUGAAGCAGGCUUGCAGUGUCUAACACAAUUUCCACUGAGCCAGUGCUCCUUUCCCUCUCAUUUUUAAUAGCCAUCAAAAGAUGCUCUGGAUAAUUGGUCACUGUGUGAAAAGUUUCCUUCAUUUUUAUGGUUGGGCUGGUGCUGCCCUUAGUGAAAAAUAAUCCAGAACUGUCUCUUCAGCCGUGAUCCUUAUGAUAGCUGACAGGCUGCACAGUGCUUACAGAGUGUCCUGACUGUUUAUGAACUUCCCAAAUCACUACUUCAGUGUAUCAUCAUACCUUGAGCUUCCUCACUGGAUAUAUACUAUUCUUGCACUGCACUUCCAGAACCAUUAUACUAAUUCCAAGUCAGCCUGAGGUGAAGUGAGUGGCAAAAUCCAAUUAAAAUCAAGUUGAACGAGGCUCAGGGUUCAUUAGUUUCAAUUUUUCACUCUUGGUUUUUGUUAGCCUGUUUUUGUGGAAGAAAUUUCAGGGUGGUGAAAAAAAUGGGUUGCCUUAACAAGAGUAUGAACUUUCUGCUCCACAUGGUGACAAUUAGCUGUUGCCUCGCCUCGCUGUCUUUCCCAGGCCCUGAUGGAUAACCUAAAUGGGAUCAUAGAACUGUUGUGUUAAUCUGAAAGUACAGGAAAGUAAUUUGAGAGGAAACCAAGGCAAACCUCCUGUGCUACUUUUAUGGCUACUCAAACUGAGUUACAGGACCUGCAGAAGCAAUUCAAAAGCCCCACAAAACCCAAUGACCCCUCCACUCCCUUUCAAAAAAAACCAAAGUGGUACCUGGAUAUGCAAAACAAGUUUUCUCUGAACUUAGUGGAAAGAGGAACUAUCUACAUGAUUUCUGCGUUUGACUUCAGAGUUAGGUGUUCUUGUACAGUGACUCCAUUUUACCUACAUGAAAGUUGCUGAUUAGUGGUUUCCUUUGUAAGAAAGCUCAAGGUAAGAUUGGCUAGAAGUAUGAAGAGGUGAAAUGGCAGUGUAUAACCUAGCAAGAUAAACAUGCUACCAUUUUGUAAAACAAAUGCACAUGAAUUUAUUUAUUUGAUUUAUUGUACAGGAAAACUUAAAUUAUAACAUCCUUGAAUUUUCUAGUUAACUACAAUUGUAGUACAGUAUCAUGUUUUAGUAUGGCUUCUGUUGUAGUGAAAGUACUUAAACAUUCAUGUAGUAUAUUUGAGUGAGAUGAGCAACUAUACAUACUAAUUCUUCCUCAAUGGAAAGGAGCAUUUCAUCAUUACAAUUGAAGUUCAAUUGCUGGUAUUUAAGUACUAUCAAAUAGAUUUCUUUCGACGUGAUACGGUAUCUGUAUAAACUUCAGGGAUGAUUAUAGUAAAACUGAAACACAGCUAUAUGACUUCAGGUUACCAUGCUAAAAUUUGAAGCUUUCUGUAAUGUGCAUAAUAGCAAAGUUGCACAGAGCAUACCCACAUUAUCAGGGUGAACUUAAACCUAGUACACUGGUGUGAUAUUUAUAGCAAGGUAUGUGUGCUUGCGUGCGUGCGUGAGGAGGUGUGACUAGCGGCUCCAAGUAAAGCCAGGAGAGAUCAUAACCCUGUUAAAGGCUUUAUGAUGAGGAUGUCUGGAUUAGGAAAUAACAUGACUUUUACUAAACACUUUCUAGUGUUCUGAAUUAUCACCUCUUAAAAUUUGAUUAUGUACUUGGAAUGACUGUAUAUGUCUGCCCCUUUAACAACAUAAAACUACUAAAUUAAUAUUUAAAAUGCUGGCCUGCUUAUGUUACGAUAAUAAAACUUGUGUCAGUUAAUUUACUGUCAAUUUACAUGUAAAGAUUAAAUUUUUUUUCUGCAUUUUAUGAAUUCUGUAUACUGGAGUCUGUUAAAGAUUGACAUGUUAGGUGAUACUGUACAAAAUUGUAUUGACUACCUUUAGUGAAAAACAGAAGUAAAAUUCAUAUGUAUUUCCUUUUUACACUUCCAUCUAAUUUCUUGACAACUUGAAUAAAUUUCAUAGAGCCUUUCUAACAUGAACUAUUGUUAAUUUAACUGUUGCAAUAAUUAAGCUUUAAGAAGUAUUGUUGGUAUAUUUAUAAUUUUAAGAAGAUCAUGUUUGUUUCAUACUGCUUAUUUUUAGCUGUUCUAUUGUCACUGUUACAGCUGAAGAACUUUACUAAAUACUUGACAUUACAAAAUAACUCGAUGGGGUUGUCCUCUGUAUACUGAUGUUAAAUAAAAAUGUGUGAUUGAACUGUAAAUGUAGAUAACUUUCAAUAGUCCUUUCCACGUUUGGGUUUUAAUUUAUCUUGCAGUCCUUAGGUGGUCUUAGCUAUCAUAUUGUACUGAGCAAAUGGCCACAAUGACAGCCAUUAGCUUGCCAUAUUUUAAAGUAAGAACUUGAUUGCAUCCUGUAACUUGCUCUGCGUGAAUGUUUCACUUCAUCUCUAAGAUGAUGCAUACAUUCUGAUCUUCAGAUCUUGCUCAUAAGAUCAUGUCUCAUUAUAUGUUUUUUAUUUUAGGACUGGAGUAAUAUGAAAUAGAAUACUUGUCAAACCGCUUAUACUCAGAUUCAGUAAACGUGGACAUGAAUGUAUCUAUCCAGAUGCUCUCUGCUUACCUAUCAAAUAGGAGCUGGGACAGAGCAUUUUGCCUUCUAGGACUCUACAGGAGCUCUUUCCUCCAUGGACUCCGGUGCAGGGUAUUUUCUUUAUUCCAGCUUUAGAUCUUGAUGCUUACCUGAUGGAUGCUGAAUUUGCAGCCCUAAGGAUAUGGCUGACUCAGAAGAUUGAAGCAUUUUCUGUCUAGAAGACCUGUGGCUAGUCUAGAACUGAACUCCUCUGCACUUAAAACUAAAAUAGUGUAAAACUCUGCAAAAUUUCUUGGAACCAAUUUUGGCAAAAGAGUUAAGACAGUGCCCUUUCAUCUUAGUGGACAUGGGAUUGUGUAACCUUUGCACCAGUGGUUCUGUGUUAACCAAUGAAGGGGCCAAGCAACUGACACUUACUAACGUUCUUCAGAUGCACUUCAGGGCAAUUUCAGUGAAAAAGGUAGAGACUAGAACUCUCUCUGUCUCCUAGCUUUAGACUACAUCUUUCUUAUGUGAGCUUGAGAAAUUUCUGGUACUUCAGAAGGUAUUGAUAGCCCAUCAUAGUGGUCAGCAUAUUUGCAUAUUCAAGAACUGGUGCCAAUGUAGGAACAGAAUGAAAUCCAUCCUGAAAGUUCUGGGAACAUCCUGUCACAUUGAAUGAUGCAAAAACUGGUAGGACAAACCAGUUUUCCCAACAGUCAUUGUGAGCAUGAAACAAAUUUAACUUCCACAAGUUCUGUGGUCAGUGCUCUGGCAAAAGACAUCUUGGAACAUGUAAGAGCUGUCUUGUCUUCAGUAAUGUUGCGCAGACUUCUCAGCAAAAUAACUUGCAUGAUCCCAUUAUUUUCUGGUUUUUGAAGUUGGAUUUUAGAGAGGUGCUGAUCAGGCUCAUCAAACUCAUUAUGCUCAUUUCUUCCCCUGCUUAAGACCAUGCUUAUUUUACAACUGUCCCAAGUGUGGUUGCCUUAAGUCAUAUGCUUUUACCUGAGGUUUUCCCUAGUUUAUCUCCUUUUCUUUUCUUUUCUAAUCUGAAAAUUUUAAACUUUACUUUUUGAGGAAGUUAGAAAAUGAACUGUUCCUAAGCAUGUGGACCCUUACUGCCUAAAUGAAGGUUAAGGUUGUAUUACUUCAGCCAUACCAGCUUUCUGCUGCCAAAAGUCUUUUCUGCUUUUCCCAA